CUUGCUGAAAGUAUGCCCCGCACGACUCGUGCCCGUUCCAAGAAGAACCCAGCCCCUGGCGGUCACCAGUCAAGAGAGCAAGAUGAUGAGAUCCCAGAAGUAUACCAAGAGAUGCUGGCAGAAGCCGAAGCUCGAGAUCCCGGCCGCCUAGAGAAUGAUCGACCAAUAAAAAAGCGGAAGGUACAGGGGCAGACACUGUCGUCUUCUGCUCCUUCUCAGAUUACAAAACAAGGAGAUCAGUAUCCAUCAAAGAAGCAAGAAAAUGUCAACCCGCAAGUACAAACGGUGUAUGACUCUUCUUCUGAUGAUGAAUCGGAAAUGGAGUGGGAAGAGGUUGACAUUUCUCAAGCACCUGCUGCUCCUAUUGAACCAGCCCCUGUUCCUGGAGGAGAAAACGACACCAUGCAGAUCACUCUUGACCCUCAUCAGGAUCAAAAGCGAAAAGUAAUUAGAAGGCGGAAGCCAAUUACAGCAGCUGAGAAGGAGAUUAGAUUACAUGUGCACAAAGCCCAUCUGCUUUGCCUAUUGUCUCAUGCCCAGUUACGAAACCUCUGGUGCAACGAUGAAUAUAUUCAGGGGUUUCUUAAGCAGAUGUUGACAAAACGCGUGAUCUCGCUUCUGAAUCCGUCGCAGGAACAGCCACAGUAUACAAGGUCGACAAUGUUCAUUGAUGGACUUAAUCAGGCCAGCGAUGCCUUUCUAAAGAGAUUCAGAGUGACUAAGCCGGGUUUGAAGCGAGCUCAUUGGGCAGAUGACUCUCUUUCCUUGAAACAGAGAGUGGAAGAUAUCCAGUCAGACGCAGAGGUUUUCUUAUCGAAGGAGGAUUUUCUUAAACAGGCUAAGACACUUCAAGGCUCUCGCGAUUUUGGUGCCCAGCUGUUCUGUGCCCUACUGCGCUCCGCAGCUGUGGAAGCUAGGCUCAUCUGUUCAUUACAGCCAUUGCCAUUUACUGGAACAACCAAACAAAUGAUGCCUACCAAGCCGGGACGGCAGAUCAUCGUGAUCUCGUCAGAUGAUCAUGAUACCUCUACCGAUGAUUUGACAAAGCGGAGGGCAUCGCCAACACCGUCAAGGACCAGACGACUUGGUCGGCCACAAUUCAAACCCUCAACUCCACCGAAGAGCUUCAUUGCCAACUCACGACCUAGUAUCCGGGAAUCAUUGCACCCGGUAUUCUGGGUCGAGGCUUUCAAUGAAGCGAUGCAGAAGUGGGUUCCUGUUGACCCAUUGGUGACGAAAUCGCUUGCGAAACCUUCCAAAUUUGAGCCGCCAUCAAGUGAUCCGUAUAACUGUAUGAGUUAUGUUAUUGCAUUUGAGGAAGACGCCUCGGCAAGAGAUGUGACGCGCCGUUACUCCAAGGCAUUUAAUGCCAAAACACGCAAGCUACGCGUGGAGUCUACCAAACAUGGGGAAAGAUGGUGGAGCCAGGUUAUGCGGUUUUAUGAGAGACCUUUCCUUGAGGACCGUGAUGAAGUGGAAAUCAGCGAGCUUACGGCCAAAAUUGCUGCGGAGCCUAUGCCCCGGAAUAUACAAGAUUUCAAAGACCACCCAAUCUUUGCGCUCGAGCGACAUCUUCGCCGUCAUGAAACUAUUUUCCCGAAACGUGUCGUUGGACAGGUUAGCGUUAGCAAAUCAGGGUCAAAAAAUCAAGUUUUGGAACCUGUUUAUCGCCGAUCCGAUAUCCACGUUUUGCGAAGUGCGAACAGGUGGUUUCGGUCGGGACGGGACAUAAAGCUUGGUGAGCAGCCGUUGAAGCGUGUUCAAUCCCAUAGCAAUCAAGCCAUAGCUGUCGAGGAAGAUGAGAGGGACCCUGAACAGAAUACUGAAACAGCUUUAUACGCUUUUCACCAAACCGAACUAUAUACACCGCCAUCGGUCGUCCAAGGGAAGGUUCCAAAAAAUGCCUUCGGAAACCUAGAUGUCUACGUGCCGAGCAUGGUUCCCCCUGGAGGAGUCCAUAUCAAGCACCCUGAUGCUAGGCACGCCGCGAAACUAUUGGGUAUUGACUACACAGAUGCCGUAACGGGCUUUAAUUUCAAAGGGCGCCAUGGGACAGCCGUAGUUCAGGGUGUUGUCAUUGCUAAUGAGUAUGGGGAGGCAUUAAAGGAAGUUCUAGGUUGUCUUGAAGACCAAAGGUUGCAGGCUGAGCUCGAGCAGAAAUCGGCUGAAGCGCUUCGGCUUUGGAAACACUUUUUGCUUAGGCUUCGCAUCGCAAAAAGAGUCCAAAGCUACGCGGUUGAAGGCGAAGAGGCCGAUGACGAGGAGAGCAUUGCAUCAAGCUAUACUGGCCACGGCAACCCAGAAGAAACCGGUGGCGGGUUCAUCCCUGAACCAAACCAGGAAGCUAUUGGUUCACAGAGCAUCACUCAAGAACGCCACUUUGAAAGUUUCACUGCUCCCAAAAAUGAUGAUUUUCUCGGCGGAGGAUUCAUUCCUGACGACAGUGAGACACAUCAGGAAACUGCCGAAGACUCGGCUCCUGAAGUGGCAAAGGGUCCCUCUCACACAAAUAGAGCAGAACCGUCUUUAUACUCGCUUGUUGUCGUGUCAGACGAUACGAACACUGCUCAAAGUACAAAGCCUUACCAAGGCACCACAAUAUCUCCCGAGGCUUCAGCGCCCAACUCAAGAGACAAAGAAGGUCCUAAGGAGGACGACCGAAAAGUUUCUGAAGGGGUUUUGCCAAAUACACUUAUCUCGACUGAGUCGUCAACGGCAGCAAAUACACACUCUGCGAGUGUUGAUGUAACUUCUCAGCCUAUCUCAGCAAUACAGUCACGUAUUGAAUCUCCCGUGACUUCAGAUAAAGGAUCGAAUAGUAACGACGAAGGGUCCUUGUUAUCGCAUGAUCCAGAGGAUGAAGAUGCGAUUCCAGAGUGGCUCAUGUCUGAUUAA